AUGUGCAACGCGCAAGAUGCUGGGAGAAUUUAUCCGGUUCCAUGGAAGCCGAGAGAAGAGUUCGCUAUAUGUAACAGUUGUUCACAAAAGAAAAAGGGAAAAAGACCUUUGAGAUCUAAUGAAGACGAUGAGACCCGACCCGAAAAUGCUCUUAAUGAAAACAGCGAGCUGGAAGAAGAAAUCAAUAAUGAUGAAGACGACGUUAUAUACGAAUUAGCUGAAUUAGAAGAAAUAUUUGCUAGAUAUUUUACAGAAGUAAAUUUCUCAAAAACAUUCGAACUUGAAGAUGAAUUAAUCGAUAAUUUCAAUGCCGAUUGCGAUACUACGGAAGAAGACAAAUUUUGUAAUAUAAUCUAUUUUUUCCUCUUACCGAUUGAAGCUGGAUCUCGCUAUUAUUGGGAGAUUAGAAAAUUUUAUUGUCAUCAAAAUAAUACUGGACAAGCAACAGUAUAUCUUGACUGCACUCAAAGAAUGAAUCGAAAACCUACGCGACCGAAAAAUCGACCGACGAAGAGAAUAAGUGAAGCAAGACCUCCGAUUGAAAGAUAUUCGU